AUGUCACCGUCACAUCACAAGUCAGCAGUAACAUUGUCACGGUCGUCUCCUCGCCGACCUCAAGGUCUACCGCUGAGGUCAACGCACAGGUUCAAUGCCCGACGACAAGAAAGCGUAGCGACAAUGCCUCGAAGAGCGACGUUCGCACCUCCUGAACUCUCGAUUACCUUUCCAGAUGACGAGGACGAGUACCUGGACCACCAUACGCCAGUAGGCGACACACCGGAAUAUUUCAAGGAGCAGAAAGAAAGAGAUCAAAAGUUCUUGCGCCGACUUGGAAUCUCGUUCUUUCUCUUCGGACUCAUAAAUAAUGUCCUCUAUGUUAUCAUCCUUUCAGCGGCACUCGACCUCGUCCCUCCAUCGACACCGAAGGGUAUCAUCGCAUUUUGUAACAUCGCGCCAGCGUUGGUCGCCAAGGUGGGAUGGCCAUACAUUCUGAAGGGUCGAAUUCGGUACGCUAGACGUCUCCUGGGGUGCUGCACUCUUAGCACUCUGGGGAUGCUCGUCGUAGCCGGGUUUGACAGCUUGUACAUGAGGCUGCUGGGCAUUUGUUUUGCGUCAUUCUCAUCCGGUCUAGGAGAACUUACAUUCCUUCAAUUGUCGACAACGUAUUCUCCACCAUUCAUAGCAGGCCAUGCCGUUGGCUACUUUGCAUCCGGUACUGGUGCGGCCGGGCUCGUAGGCGCGUUCUUAUGGUGGGAGAUGCGUGGGCUAGGUGUACGGGCAGGUGUUGGGCUUUCCUCGAUAAUGCCCUCCGUCAUCCCACUCACCUACUUCCUCCUCUUGCCACACGCCUCCGCCUUCCUGACACAGAGUGCCCCGGCGACAUAUCAAGACGCCUUCAGUCCUCCUCCAGCACUCUCUGCUCUUCCUUAUACGCCUCUUGCCGCGGCUAUAGACGAAGAAGGCGAAGAGGAAGGGACCCUACCUCCGGGGCCGAAGAGAGGCGUUGCGCUCAGUGCAGCAGAUAAGUGGAGGCUUGUGAAGCCUUUGCUCGGGAAGUACAUGGUGCCUCUAUUCUGCGUGUACCUUUUUGAGUACACUAUCAAUCAGGGCAUUGGACCUACUCUCCUCUACCCAGUCCCGGACAAGGAUGAGAGUUGGCUCUUGAGCAAGAUCAUCCACAGCGUACGGGAUUACUAUCCUCUCUGGCAGCUCGUUUACCAAACGACGGUAUUCCUCUCGCGCUCGUCCAUCUCUCUUGGUCUCCCUGCCCUUCCGGCCAGCCUUCUACCAAUGCCAGCAAUUGUUCAGCUUCUCAUCCUUUUGACGCUUGCGUAUGAGUCGGCCGUUGGCGUGCUCGGACCCGGCACCGAAUCCUCCAAAGAAUCCAACGGAUGGAGCAUCCUCCUUGUUUUCGCGCUUGUCAGCGUGGAGGGUAUAUGUGGAGGUCUAGCCUACGUCAACGUCUUCUACCGUAUCAACCACGAGAUCCCAGACCAGAAUACGCUCUACAACGCACCGCGCACGGGGAACAACGACCUCGAACAGACGCGGCAGGAGCGCGAGUUCCGCAUUGGCUCCAUCGGGUUUGCGGACUCGACGGGCAUCUUGUUGGCCUCGAUACUGGCAGUGCCCACCGAGAUCGAGCUUUGUCAGGCGCAGGCCUUGGUAUUCGGGUUGCAGCUUCAGAACAAGUCUCUUGAUCACCUCAUCGAACUUACCGCCUCCUCUACAAUCAUGAAGUUUUCCUCGAUCUUCUACAUCGUCGCCCUCGUCGCUGGCGUAGCCGUAAAAGCGCACGUUGACCACAACGAGCUCGAGGCCCGAGAUUGGCUCGAUGAAUUCCACGCGAGAGAGCUCGUUCUCGACUACCACGCCCGUGCCGGCACUCUUGAGGAGUUCUCCACCCGUGACCUCGUCGAUGAACUCGCCAUGCGCAUCGAACGCCGCGGUGGGAAGCUCUCCAAGCCCAAGACUUACAUGUGUCCCUACUGCAGCGCCAAAUAUGCCACGGCGCAAGAGGCUAAAGACUGCAGCAAAUUCUGCAAGGCCAAGUAG